ACCCCGGUUCAAUAAUUUAUUAAGUUAUCAUCAGAAAAUUGUCAAUCAAGAAAAACAGAAAAUCAUGGCUGCCCCAUCAUCACCUUCAUCAUCAUCAUCAACAACAACAUUCGAAUCAACAUCGGAUUUAUCACCAAUAUCCAAAUCACCAACACCAUCAUCAGAUGGUAAUUCAUCGUCGUCAUCAUCAUCAUCUGGUUUAUCUAGUUUUGGUAGUUUUGCUCAAACAGAUAUCCGUAUAACAUAUGAAUCGGAUGAAGGUACACCAUUGGAAGAGAAUAUUAUACCACAUAGGCCACAAUUAUCAAUCAAUAAUUGUAAUAAAUUAUUACGACAAAAUGGUAAUACAAUAUUUACAUCAUCACAAUUACCAUCGGCAUUUUCAUCACCAUCAUUAUCUGAAUGUGGAAUCGAUGAACCACAAACAUCAACAAAAACGACAAUAACAACAAAAACAGCCAUACAAUCAUCAUUGAAUACAAUAAAUAAUUUGAAAAAUAAUAAUGUUAAAAGUGCGGCUCAUCUUCGCAUACAAGGUCUGAUAUUUGAUCAAACACAUUUAUUAAUAUCACGUGCAACCAGUAUGGAUGAAGGUAUAUUUCAAUCACCAUUAAAUUCACCAAACCGAACAUCAGCACCAUCAAGUCCAAUUGGACCAAAAUUUAAAAUCAUACAUGAAGGUGAUGUUCAUCUUUGUCGUUUAAAUCAUCAACGUACGAUUGUUUCGAAAAUAUUAAGCUCGAAAUUUUUACGCCGUUGGGAAACACAUCGUAUCUAUUUAACAUCGGUAAAUUUGGCUUCCAAAACGCCAAUUGGUUUUAUGGAAGUUCCAUUACCAUAUAGUCAGAUUGAAAAUGCAUAUGCUGUAAAUCGUUGGGAUACGAAUCAAAAAUUUUAUAUUCGUAUAGUUGUUGUUGAUGGAUCGGUACUGUUACAGCUACCAAACAAAUGGGUACGAGAUCAAUGGCUUUAUUCAAUCAAUUGGAAGCGUUUCAUGCUCAAAUAUCAACAAAUAUUGGCCAAUCCAUCGAUUCGCCCUGAUGUACUUACUAAAGAAUUAAAAAAUCUGAUUGAAUUAACGUUGACUACACCAUUGCAGGAUGAAUGUAUUUAUCAAACAUCGUUGGAUGUCAUCAAUGAAUUAUUGCAGUUAAGACUUAAAGACUUUGAACGAGAUGACGAAAAAACCUAUGAAAUGCAAAUGACAGCACGGAAAGUAAAUGAAGAAAUUAUUAAGCUUUUAUCACCAUUUCUUGAACGUACAAAUCCUAGUAUUGAAAUUUGUCGAUUUUUAAGCAAGCAUUGCCGUAAAUAUCCACGAUCAAUGGUUAUUUGUGAAUAUUAUGCCGAAAUUGUACAACGUAUUCUUAAACAUAAUAUGGAUUUUGGUAAAUAUCCACGUAUGCGUGUACUUGUACAAGAUUAUUUUGUUGCAUUGAAUCAACAUAAUGAUGGCAAUCAUUUGAUUCAGACAUUCAUCUAUAGUGUUCAUGGACGAACUAUGAUGUGUCCACAUCCACGUGUCAUUAGUAAUUUAGUUUCCGUUUGUUUGGCAACAAUAUUUUCAUUGUUUGAAUAUCGUCAAUUGGAUUCGGUUCAAUCAAUCAAAAAUGUUGAUGAUGAUGAUGCAGAAGCAGAUGUCGAAACAUUCGAUGAUGAAGAAUGGCAAAUUCAUGUCAAUUGUUUUAUUGAUAUGUUUCGUUUUAUAUCACAAUAUGAAGAUUGGCGAUUAUCAUUAGCUCAAAUACUUCAACCGAUUCCUUUACCCGAUUCAGCAUUGAGUGAUCCGAAAUUUUUCUUAUUAUUUAAGCCUGUGAUUGAGAAUGUUGCAAAUGAUCAUCGUUGUGACGUACACCAAAUGUUAUUAGGUAUACGUGAAAAUAAAUCUAACUGGCUUGAUCUCUAUACACCGGGCAAUAUUGGCUGCGAUGAUGAUGGUCAACUUUGGAGCACUAUGCUUAAAACAUUGAUUAGCUGCUGUUGUCGACGUAAAAGAUUCUAUCAAGUAUUGGUCAAAUCAUCAUUGGAUGCUUGUUUAUUAUUGGCAUUAAGAGAGGAGGAAACCUGUCAGAAAAUUCUAUGCGAUAUGAUUGAAAUGGAGCUUAUAGAAAAUUCAUCGGAUGUACAACAACAAAUAAUAACAACAUUACAAAGUACAUCUACUGGUCGACAACAAUAUGAGGAUCUUUGUCAACGACAACUACAUCUCAGGGAAUUUCAAAAAAAAGGUGGUCCAAAAAAACUAACACUACCUUCACGAUCUACUGAUGCUGAUCUGGCCAGAUUAUUGAGUGCCGGUUCAUUCGGUGAUCUUGAAAGUCUUUCAUUGGCAUUUACACAGGUGACUAGUGCUAGUGCACAGCAUCUGAUUAAAUUGCCUUCGCUUCGUUAUUUAAAUCUUUGGUCUACACAGUUCACUGACUCUGGUCUUCAAUUACUUGCCGAACAUUUAACGCAAUUACAGGUUCUAAAUCUUUGUGAAACACCUGUCACCGAUAAAGGUUUACUUUAUCUCACAGCAUUGAAAGAUCUUCGUAAAUUGAAUCUCAAUAGUACAAAUCUUUCAUCACAAACAUAUGAAAAUUUGAAACAAAAAUUACCAUCAUUACAAGAAAUUGAUGUUCGUUAUACCGAUGCCUGGUGAAUUAAUGAAUGAACAAUUUUAAAUAUUGACUAAUUAUUCAUUCAAAUAAAUUGCUGCUAUAUUAAUCAGACAAUUCAAACAAGAACCAUAAAAAAAAUCAUCAUUAAUAUUAUUUCAUUUUUUUGGAUUUCAUUCUACACUAAAUUUUUACAAUUUUUACACCCACAUACACACAUCAUAUAUCCAUAGUCGUAUUUUGGAAAUCAUUGAAUCACAUAUACGAUAUACAAUAUAGUAAUUUGUUGUCAUUAAUCUACAAUCGAGAAGAAAUCUAUUUCGAUAAAACAUCGUUUAAUUAUUUUGUUUUUUCUAAUGAUUUUUUUUCUGAUUUAUCAUGCACGCAUAUACAAUCAUAUUUCGCAUUUUUUUUGACACAUUUGAAUUGAAUUCGUUUAUUUUUUGUCUCACCGCAACACUGUGAAUAUUUUUCAUUUUUCAUCAUCU